CAUUUAAAUUCCUGAAGCUCUACAUGUGUACGGACAUCUUCCCAUACCAGUGUUGUCCUCAUUAGUUAUGGAAGUUUCUCGUUCCCUAAUUCCUCUCAUUUCUUACUAUCUUCAUCGCCACUCUUCUUCUUUUACUGUUACUGCUGGAGUUGAUUCUCAUCAGCCUCAGCUCAAUUCCAUGGCUUCGUCUUCUUCUUCUUCCAUUUCCAGCUGUGAUCUCUCGUCGUCUGCGCUCUUUGAUUUGUAGGCGUUUCGUUUUACUGUGUUUGACUCAUUUUGACAUUUGAUUUUAAGCUAAAAUCAAUGGCGUGUCUGCCACCGCUGAUGACUAGUUCAACUGCUUUCUGCGGCGCUGACUGCGACGAUCGGCGGCCGUAUCGGUGCUUGAGGUAUGAUCGAUGGGAUAACUUUGAUGAGAAGGCCACGAAAUCGACACGAAGCAAGUGCCAGAGGAGGAAGAGGAGGAGGAGCCUUGUUGUUCUUGGCUCUGCUUCUUCUGCUUCUGCUUCUGCUUCUCCUCGUGCUCAAACUUAUCAGCAGGUUCUUAAAGCUGCGAGACAGAAGUUUACUCAGGAAAUCUCCUUCCAGUCCAAAGACAAGGAUGUCUCUCUCGCCAGGGCUCUGCUCUACAUAGCAGCUGAAGAUGAGGCUUUUAUGGCUUUUAAUCGCGAGAUGGAUGCUCUCUCAAUUAAUAGUGAACGAAAAGGUGUUUCUGGCCUAUCUAUGGCCCAAGACCUGGAGUGGAAUACUGUGGAGGGAAUGCCAUUGGCGGGAAAAAACAUUAAUGAGUGGCAGGCUGAACUGGAUGCCAUUGCCAAAGAAGUUGAAGCGGAGCUAAUUUCAAAAGACAUAGGUUGUCACUUGGCUCAAGUUUUGGAGGCAGUGAAUGUGGUUCUUUUUGAGUCAAGAGGCUUCAGAAGGUCACCCGUACUUGGAGAUGCAAACAAUUCGUACUUGCACUUAGUUUUAAGCUCUGGAAGUGGAAUUGCAAUGAUGCUGAGCAUUAUAUACAUUGAGGUUUGCCGAAGACUUCGUCUGACUAUAGUGGGAUCUCGAUUUGGUGAAGAAUUCUUGAUCUGGCCACAAACAGGAAAUCCAGAGGAGCUGUUCAAAGUAACUUCAGGAAAGAGUCUGUUUGCAAUUGUCAACGGGAGAUGUGUUGAAGAUCCUAAAUCUAAGGCAUCAGAUCUAACAAGCAAUUCACUGUCAGGGCUCGAGAUAGCUACUAACAGAGACAUUAUUGGGAUUGCUUUGGCCAAUCUUGUUAGGCUUCAUUGGAAACAUGCUUCAAGAUCAAAUCAUGGACUGAUGCUGACUUCUCCACUCAGGCAUGUUCACAAUACUCAUGAUAAACUGUACAAAUUCACUGAUUCAAAGGCUCCUCUGUUACGACCCCAAGAACUUAGGUUGGCCAUCAUGGCUUCAGAAAGAUUGCUGAUUCUGCAACCGCACAAUUGGGUUUUGAGGAGAGACCAUGGCAUGAUGUUAUACUACAAUAGGGAGUACGGGAAGGCUGUCCAAGAGCUUAGCAUAUGCAUGGCUUUUGCCCCAGAAGAAGAGGCAGAAGUUCUUGAACCAUUUGUUGAGAUGUUGCAUCUGCUGCGGCUUGAAUCAUCAUGGAAAUCUUUAGAGCACUCAAGUCAAGUGAAAGUCUCUUAACUCAUUGUGUACAUAACCGGCAAUCUCUGAGCUUACUUGAACUGCAUUUGCUACUGUUAAUUUGUACCAGAAUUCUUACCCGCAAAAAUGUAUAAUACCAUGAAUAUGCACGAACUAGGGUUGAUAUU